AUGCCUGCGGCGUCGCGGCAGUUGCGGCUGCUGCUCUGGAAGGACUACCUUAUCAGGAAACGGAAAAUUAUUACUCUCACGGGCAUAAUUUGGGCGACAGCCAUUCUAAUAUGUUUAUACAUCGUAAGGGUCAAUGUAGACAAUUUGGAUUUCCCAUCAUGUCAGUUUCCUGCACGCGCACUACCUAGUGCUGGCAUGUUAAACUUCAUUCAGUCGUUCGUUUGCAGUAUUAAUAACAAGUGCGAUCCGCUCGAUGAGUACGAUGAGAUACCUACCUUUGAAGAAGCUAAACUAACUCAGCUGCAAAGAAAAUUCUCGUCACUAAUCUACAAUGAGACAGUUCUCGACGUCGCUACGACUGUACCCAGCGCCCUCAAGCUCGUAUCCAAAUUGGCUGACGUCGUCGACGAGCCUACUUUCAUAGAAUUUAGUAAAAAUGGCCUUCAAGUACAAGACUUGUUUAGCAACCCAUCAAAAACCAAACGAUAUGUGUAUACGCAGUUAGAGCUGAGUCCAGAAGUCGCACAGGAUCUCAUGACGUCAAAGCUUAACAUGCAAGGGUUGUUUAAUGGCAACACUAAUAACUGUGCCGUAAUGGUAACGAGUUUAAUAAAAAUGGAAAACAAGGCAAAUUUGGAAUUAUUUACAAAUAAAAUAUGCUCACUGAAUGACAAGCAUAUACAGAAGAUCAUCAUGGAUCUGAUGCAGGAGAUUAAUUUCAGCAAAUAUAUUAAAAUGAUAGGCAGCAUGUACUACAAACUAUCCGGUGAUGAUCGAGUGAAAGACCUGGGUGAUACAAUGACUGCCGUACUGAGAAUGACCAAAGUCCAAAGCUUUCUCCCGGCAGAGGUCGUCGCGUUACUGCGGGGUACUGAAGUUGAUUUCAGCUACUUUGAUUUGAAACUAGUAACAAAACUAAUGGAUAUAUUGAAACCAACAUUUAGUGACACGAAAUCGUACCAACAAAUCAAAGAUUUCUCCGACACGACAAUCUUGGGAUUAGAUUUCUUAAGCAAACUUGUAUUGACACAAAGUGAAAUAAAUUCAGCCUCAGAGAAUAGAGAAGACAAAGAGUUAUCAAAUGGAAAAGGAAGUAAAUUAAAUACGAAAGAUUUGCAUAAAGCUAUUGAGGUUUUACCCGAAGUAGUCGAUGACUCCUCAAUUGAUGUUUUCAAUUUAUUGGCGCAAGUUACAAAACUAAUACAUAAAAACCUAAACAGCAGAGUCCAACACGACGUACUAUUGUAUUCAACUUUAUUAGCUAAAUUAAUCGAGGGUGCGAACCACGUAAUUAACAUCAAUAUGCAUAUAGAAGAGCGGGUCUACGAGGUCUCCCUGAGAAACCCCGAAGGUGUUAAAGUUUUAACAGAGCUUCCGAAUCAUAUUAUCGCCAAAGGAUUUGAUGGCUUCGUCAGCGCAGAAAGGGCUCAGAUUGUAACAGCCAAGAUUGACAAACCGAAGCAAGUAUUUUGCAAUGUAAACGCGUUACAAGGGUUCUUUAUAAUAUCUAAAGAAGAAGCUAAUUCAAUAAAGAAAAGUGUUUGCACUGACUCUUGGAAUAAUUAUGUUUCUGAUUUAAUCAGAACUUUUGGCGUCUUUGAUGUAAAAGACAAGAUAAACGAAAUGGCAUCUCUUCUCAUACAAGAAACCUUAGGAAAAAGUACAGCAGAUCAACUAUACACCAUCGACUACGAUUUUCAAGUGCUGAAGAGCUUUACGCAGACAUUACGCAAAGUUACCACAGAGAAAAUACCUCAGAUGAAUUGGAAUAAACUGCUCAACCUUAAUGAAGAUUCCGAAUUCAUGAAGAUUGUCAGAAGUAAAGCAGCUUUGGGAAGACAGAUAUUGUAA